UCCUUUGUCUCUCUUAUAUUAAUCACUUCAUUGCUGUUCUUCCUCUCUGUCUUUGCCACUCUCUACCCUCUCAUGGCUCUUCACAAGCUUGCAUCUUUCCCCUCUCUACACACACCCUUUAUCACAAACCGCCACUAUCUGCACCGCCACCACCGCAUUUCCUCUCUCAACUGCACUUUCUCCGCUUCACCCUUCACAGAAAAGCACUCCACAGAGCGCUACCAAAGGGACCAAUGGGUGUACCAGAAUCCCCAGAGGGAAACGAUGUCAUGCCCUCUUCCUUCUGAUUCUGGAGCUUUCAGAGAGGAUGACAUAGCUUUGCAGCUUCCGGAGCUGAAGAAGCUGCUUCAGGUGCUGAGGGAGAAGAGGGAGAGUGAAGGGAAUUGCAGUGGAGGGAAUUGUGAGCCUGGAGAUGUGUUCUUGGUUGGAACAGGGCCUGGAGAUCCUGAGCUUUUGACUCUGAAGGCUGUGAGGGUGAUGGAGAGUGCUGAUCUGUUGUUGUAUGAUAGGUUGGUGUCUAAUGAUGUGUUGGAUUUGGUUAGUCCCAAUGCUAAGCUUCUCUAUGUGGGGAAAACUGCUGGGUACCAUAGCAGAACCCAGGAGGAAAUACAUGAGCUUCUUCUGAGUUUUGCAGAAGCUGGGGCAACUGUUGUGAGGCUUAAAGGGGGUGACCCAUUGGUCUUUGGGAGGGGUGGGGAGGAAAUGGAUUUUUUGCAACAGAAAGGUAUCCAAGUGAAAGUUAUUCCAGGUAUAACUGCAGCAUCUGGAAUAGCAGCAGAGUUGGGGAUUCCAUUAACUCACCGUGGCAUUGCAAAUAGUGUUAGAUUCCUUACGGGUCAUUCAAGGAAAGGAGGAUCUGAUCCUCUGUUUGUAUCAGAAAAUGCUGCUGAUCCUGAUUCUACUUUGGUGGUUUAUAUGGGCUUGUCAACCUUCCCUGCACUUGCAGAGAAAUUAAUGCAUCAUGGUUUAUGCCCUCAGACCCCAGCCGCAGCCAUUGAGCGAGGCACCACACUUCACCAACGCACAGUGUUUGCAGAACUAAAGGACCUUCCUGAGAAAAUUGCAUCUGCUGCACUUGUGUCACCAACUCUGAUUAUAAUAGGAAAAGUUGUCGAAUUAUCACCAUUCUGGCCAAUUUCUACAAAAGAAUCAUGUUUAAUGCAAGCAUAGUAGAGUUAUUAUGCAGCUUCUUAAGAUGAUGGAUUACCUCUGCAUAUAAAAGGGAGCAAGGUAAUUUGAUGUUUGUGGAAAUGGAUAACUCAUGCCCUUAAUAACGGGUGUCUAUUGAAGUGGUUGAGCACGGCCAGAGGCGUUCCAAACAAGUUCUACUGCAAGUUUUGAUUCGGCAUGCUCCUGAUGGGGAAUAAAACAAGGUAAUGCACAGAUGUUACUCAUUCUUUACAGAAACAAAAUAACAAGCAGGUUUCUGAGGACACAGAUAACUGGAUUGGAUUAUUUAUCCCAUGGUCACUGGGUGAAAAGUUUUGCCAUAAGCUAUUUAGCAUCAUCCUUUAAUGGAGAAGCAUGGAGAGAAAUGUCAAGAUGUGAUUGCAUUUGUUCACUUUGUCUAUGCUGUUCUUAAGGCCAUUCAUGUUCUGUGCUCUUGUCACUUUAGCAAAUAGCCUUCAUAAUAUAAACUUCUCAGUUCUCGUUUACACGUGAGUUAGUGUUAUACUGUCAGAGACAGAGUAGUUAUGUAGUUCAGAAACCUGAAUCAGAUAUCUAAUGGUUUUUUUAGUCCUUUUCA